UGCGGAAACACACAUUACUAAACGUUACCUGAGGAUCACGUCAGUUAAAUUUGCUCAAGCUAAUUCGAUUUUUUUGUACCGCUAAAAACACACUUGUAUAGAAGCAAGAUUUUGAAAAUACGGAAGUGACAAUACGUUAUCUUGGUUUAGAAGGUGUGUUAGUAAACGUCACACUUUCCGGAAGACAAUAACGAAGGGACAAGCUCGAUUUAUGGAGUUUUGAAGAAGAAAUCUGUUAUGAGAGUUUCUCUCCGGGGCUGUUUGAGCAAAAUGGGGAACUUUAGAGCUUUUUUGAGCAUAACACUGGUCUUCCUAGUAUCUGAGUUGUGUCUGGUGUGCUGUGAUAUAACGGACGGAAACACAGAACAUCUGAAGAGAGAGCACUCGUUGAUGAAACCAUACCAAGGUGUUGGUGCUCAGUGGGACUUCUCAGGAAGCACAUUGGUGACAAGCUCGUAUGUCCGUCUCACUCCAGAUGAGAGAAGCAAGCAGGGAUCCAUCUGGAAUACUGUGCCGUGUUACCUGAAGGACUGGGAGAUGCAUGUGCAGUUUAAAGUUCAUGGAUCAGGGAAAAAAAAUCUCCAUGGUGAUGGCAUUGCCAUCUGGUACACAAAGGACAGACUGCAUCCAGGCCCUGUGUUUGGAAACCAAGAUCAGUAUCUUGGCCUGGCUAUUUUUUUGGAUACCUUCCGCAAUGACCUCCAUGGAAUGGAUCGUUCCUUCCCAUACAUUUCGGCCAUGGUGAACAACGGCUCGGUGAGUUACGACCACGGCAAAGAUGGCCGAUCGUCUGAGCUGGGAGGCUGUUCGGCUGAGAUCAGGAACAGAGAGCAUGACACGUACCUCGCCAUCCGCUACUCCAAAGGAAGACUCACUAUAAUGGUCGAUGUGGAUGACAGGAAUGAGUGGAAGGAGUGCAUCGACAUUGGAGGUGUUCGUCUUCCUACAGGAUAUUUCUUUGGUGCCUCAGCAGCCACAGGAGAUCUGUCUGAUAACCAUGACAUCAUCUCUAUGAAGCUCUACCAGCUGAUGGUAGAACACACCCCUGAAGAGGAGAACCUGGACUGGACAAAGAUCGAGCCCAGCGUCAGCCUCCUCAAGUCCCCUAAAGACAACAUUGACGAUCCAACCGGAAACUUUCGAGGCACGCCCCUCACUGGCUGGAAGGUCUUUCUGCUUCUGCUGUGUGCUCUGCUAGGAAUCGUAGUGUGUGCUGUGGUGGGAGCUGUAGUUUUCCAGAAGAGACAGGAGAGGAACAAGAGGUUUUACUGAGGAGUGAGAAGAGAGAAGAACCUUAUCGGAAAGGUGUUUGCUGUGGAAUGAACUGUUUCCAGAUGACAGAUUCAGCACAUCCAAUGUGAAUUUUUUUCUAAAGAUUGUACAAAUGUUUAUAUCCUUGAAGCACUGCGUCUGGAUUGAAUUACAGUAACUUGUGAUGUUGGUAAGAAGAUGCAGACCUAUUGACAACUAUUAUGAGUGACUUGAUUGAUGCUAUUUGUGUUCUUCAUGUCUCUUCGUGAUGCAGGGUUAGAAUAGACUUACUGUCAUUAGCAAGGACAGUCCUUUCUUCAAACAUUGUGUUAACACCUGGUCAUUGGUCAAACGGGCUCUUUUCAGCUUUGCCACCAAAUGGUAAUAUAGAUUUUAAUGUUUUUUUCUUCCAGGCUGUUUUAUCUGAUUAUUUAUUGGAAGAAGAAAGUAGCUCCACACACAAAAAACAUCAUGAAGCAAUGGAGGCUGCCACAGGAGCCAUCCAAAUUACAGUCUUGUCCUCUGUUUUAAAAGAAAAGUUUACUCCAAAAUUUAAAUCGAGUCCUUAUCUACUUACCCAAUGCUGAUACAAAGUCAGGGAAAUUUCAUAGUCUAGUCUAAAUAAAUUUCUGGAGCUUCACCACGAAACUCAAUUGCAGCUUUCUCCUAAACAACUGAAGUAGCUGGGGACUUGUUUUAAAAAGGAAAAAAAAAAUACAGGAAAAAACAUAAAAUGUUUCCAUACCUGGUGUAAUCUAAAUCUGCUGAAUCCCUGAUAUCCCAAAUUGAUUUGAAGAGAUGUUAUUUACACCCUUGACACACAGGCGAGCUCAUGAACCCAGACGGGGUACGUGGUAGCUCUUUGAGUUUAGCAGCUACAAUGAUAAAAAAGGGUGUAAAGAUUUCUGUAAUUUGAUCCCGGGUCUAACUUCUUUUAUAUUUCUGAUAAAAUGGUUAAAGAAGCUCAUCUGCAUUAAUCUGCAAAUGGUGUGAUUACAUAUUCUUUACACAAACAGUAACAUUUUGCAAUACUUUAAUAUACCAUCUUAAGUCUGGUACAUAAAAACGCUGUCUUGUGAAGCUCUUCAUGGCAGAAUUUCUCCAUAGUUUUAUACAACAGGAUAAGGCCACUUAAGAGAGAUCAGUGCAGAGAUCAAGUGGAUGGAUCUUGAAUACUGAACAACCUCAAUCCUUUAGACAGAAUUAUUUUGCUUUGAUUUUUUUUUCUCUUGUCCUUGCUGGUUCCUUUGCGCAGCAUCUUGAGGUUAAAUUCAGAAUAUGCCUUUGUUAAUUUUCUACAAUAUUGUUUUCGGUUAAUAAUGCUUGCUUGGGGUACAAACUCGAUGAUUAAAUUAAAUUCUUCAGUAUGAUGAAUAUUAUAAAUUCUAACUGCUACGUAAAACAAGUGUGAUAGCUAAAUGCAGUGCUAAUGAUGAAGCUCUUUCAAACCGACACAAAAGAAUUUGCUAAACCUUUAAGUCCAUGAAUGGAUUCUUUGAAGGUACACAAUCCUGUCUUUCAUUUCUUUUAAUAUCAUUGUUUUAUUCACAUCCCCUUUCUGUAAUGCUUGUUUUUACAUAAACAACAUUUAACCAAAUGCUUUAAGUAUAAUUAAGGAUUUAAUGAAACACACUUUUUUUCUUUACUUCGUGGGCCUGAUUCAGCAUUUUUUUUUUUGAUUCCUUAAAGUGUUUUUUUUUUUUUCCACAUCAGUCAGUUUUGUUUGUGAGACUUGAAACAGCUUCUCUCAUCAGUUAAUGUAUUAAAAUGAAAAAGAAACCUCUUAA